UAACGAACGGUCACACUGGCUCCCUGCGCUGCACUUGGUGUAGAGAAAUUUCAACAACAGCAGCAGAAACUAUAAAAAUUAUCGCAUUUUUCGCCUUGUUGUUCCGUCUCGAGUUGCGGGCGUGUAUGUGUGAGCGCCGGAGUAGCAGCAGCGAACGCCAAGGUCGACGGAAUCGGGCCAGAAUGCAGAGCGGAGCCCCGGCAACUGGUGCCACCGAAUCGUCGAGUCCCAGUGAGUUCGUCUGAAAAAAUCAAUCGGAUUCCGCCGAGAAUGAGCAGGAUGAGCAGCAGCGCCGCCCAGAUGGCCGCGGGGGUCGUCGGCCAUGGGAGCAACAGCAGCAGCAGCAACAACAACGCCCACGACUCCAGCAAUGCCAACGAGCCCGGCUCCGGUUCCGUGUCCGUCGACAGCAACCUGAUCAUCAUUCAGGACAUGAUUGAUCUCUCGGCCAACCACUUGGAGGGCCUGCGCACGCAGUGCGCCACCAGCUCGACGCUAACGCAGCAGGAGAUUCGCUGUCUGGAGUCCAAGCUGGUGCGCUAUUUCUCGGAGUUGCUGCUGGCCAAGAUGCGGCUCAAUGAACGCAUUCCGGCCAACGGUCUGCUACCCCACGCCACGGGCAACGAGCUGCGCCAGUGGCUACGGGUAGUUGGCCUCAGCCAGGUGUCUCUUAACGCCUGCCUCUCCCGCCUGACCACGCUGGAGCAGAGUCUGCGGCUCAGCGACUCGGAGAUCCGUCAGCUGCUGGCCGACAGCCCCAGCCAGCGGGAGGAGGAGGAACUGCGGCGCUUGACGAGGGCCAUGAAGAACCUGAAGAAGUGCAUGGAGUCCCUGGAGAGCGGCACUGCGGCGAGUAACAACGACCCGGAGCAGUGGCACUGGGACUCCUGGGACCGGCCCAUUCACACUCACCGCGGCAGCAUUGGUAAUAUAGGAUUGGGUCUAAAUGCAACCGCCUCACCGCGAGCCAACCACCGCCAGCACGGUAUCAAAGGGAAGAACACAGCUUUAACGAACUCAACUAGCUCGCGAAGUGGCCGCCAUUCGCCCACGGGAACUGAGGAGCUCACCAGCACGCAAGGCUCCCAACUGACCUUGACCCUGACGCCCUCGCCACCCAACUCGCCCUUCACGCCCUCCAGCGGUUUGAGCAAUAGCCUGAAUGGAACCCCGCAGAGAAGCGGCACACCGCCACCCGCAAGAAAGCACCAAACCAUGCUCAACCAGAGCCAGAUGCCGGUGGAAGGGGAACAACAACAAACCCGCAACCGCUUGCCUACGGAUCCCAGUCCCGACAGCCACAGCUCCGGGAGUUCCGACAUUUUCGUAGAUGCAAACACCAAUGCCACCUCAGGAGGUAGCUCCUCCAACGUGUUAAUGGUGCCACACUCGCCCGGCGUCGGCCACGUAGGCAUGGGCCAUGACAUUAAGCAUGGCUUCACCGGCAGGGUCGGCCUAAUGACCACUUGCCGGCUGUGCCAGAAGCCGGUCUUCUCCCGCUGGCUCAAAUGUACGUAUUGCAAGUACAUCUGCCACAAGACAUGCGAGCCACACGUGCCGAACUCCUGCGGACUUCCCCGAGAGUAUGUGGAUGAGUUCCGGCACAUCCAGGAGCAAGGUGGAUAUGCCAGCCUGCCACAUGUGCACGGCGCCGUUAAGGGCUCACCACUGGUGAAAAAGAACACGCUGUGCAAGCCGCUUCAUCAUCAGCAUGGCGACAGCAGUUCCCCAAGCUCCAGCUGCACCAGCUCCACGCCCAGCAGUCCGGCGCUAUUCCACCAAAGGGAACGAGAGCUGGAGCGGGAUCAGGCGGGAAGCUACGGAGGCAGCAGUUCCAGCGCUAACCUGGUUCCCACUCCUUCGUUGGGCAAGCAUCAGCAGAGUCAAUUCAACUUCCCCAAUGUGACGGUGACUGGUAGUGGUGGAGGGGACACGCUUAUUUCCAAUGAACCUGAACCAGACCAAGCCCCUCCCCCGCCCAUAACUGCAAACGGAGGUCUAGAUAGUCUGGUGAACAGCUCCAAUGGGCACAUGAGCCAUCUAAUCGGUAGCCAAAGCUCAAAUGCUUCGAGUUCCGCCACCGUGACCGAGAGUCUGGUCAACAGCACCACUACCACCAGCACUAGUAGCUUCUUUCCGCGCAAACUGAGCACGGCAGGAGUGGAUAGAAGAACGCCCUUCACCAGCGACUCCACGGACACGCACAAGUCGAAUGACAGCGACAAGACUGUCUCCCUGUCGGGAAGUGCCAGCACAGACUCGGACCGGACUCCCGUUCGAGUGGAUUCCACGGAGGAUGGCGAUUCGGGACAGUGGCGCCAGAACUCCAUAUCGUUGAAGGAGUGGGAUAUACCGUACGGCGACCUGCGUCUGCUUGAGCGGAUCGGGCAAGGACGCUUCGGCACCGUGCAUCGAGCCCUGUGGCACGGAGAUGUGGCCGUGAAGCUGCUAAAUGAGGACUACCUGCACGACGAGCACAUGCUGGAGACGUUCCGCAGCGAGGUGGCCAACUUCAAGAAGACUCGCCACGAGAACCUGGUGCUUUUCAUGGGCGCUUGCAUGAAUCCGCCAUAUCUGGCCAUUGUGACUGCAUUGUGCAAGGGCAACACCCUGUACACGUAUAUCCACCAGCGCCGCGAGAAAUUUGCCAUGAACCGGACGCUGUUGAUCGCCCAACAGAUCGCCCAGGGAAUGGGCUACCUGCACGCCCGCGAAAUCAUCCACAAAGACCUGCGCACCAAGAACAUCUUCAUCGAGAAUGGCAAGGUCAUCAUCACCGACUUCGGCCUGUUCAGCUCCACCAAGCUGCUCUACUGUGAUAUGGGCCUGGGGGUGCCCCACAACUGGCUGUGCUACCUGGCGCCGGAGCUCAUCCGAGCGCUGCAGCCGGAGAAGCCGCGCGGCGAGUGCUUGGAGUUUACCCGCUUCUCCGAUGUGUAUUCUUUUGGAACGGUGUGGUACGAACUGAUUUGCGGCGAGUUUACGUUCAAGGAUCAGCCGGCGGAAUCGAUCAUUUGGCAGGUGGGACGUGGAAUGAAGCAAUCGCUGGCCAACCUACAAUCCGGACGCGAUGUCAAGGACCUGCUGAUGAUGUGCUGGACCUACGAGAAAGAGCACCGGCCGCACUUUGCCUAUCUGCUGACCCGUCUAGAGCAGCUUCCCAAGAAGCGACUGGCACGGAGCCCCUCGCAUCCCGUCAACCUCUCCCGAUCCGCGGAGUCCGUCUUCUGAGCGAGCUGCCUGCACCCUGCCCUGGCUACUAUUGUUGCAUUCUAGUACAAUUACGACUACACAAGCUAGCUCUCCUUCCGACAGGUAAACUCUUCUAGGCAAACUCUAAACUGUGCUAGGCAAGCGAUUAUUGUAAAUAUUUAAAGGCGUAACUAACAAAUUAUAGCAAACGAUUUUAAACUAUAAAUAAUGUACAUGAACGCAUAUAUCGAAUGCAAUGCAGUUGUGAGCAAGCAAAACAAAAAACAAAGGCAACACAAAUGUUAACUCGAAAAAGACAAACGUUUAGAUCUUAAAGAGCCGAGGCGAAGCAGAGAAAGUAUAGACAUAAAGCAAGCAAACAAGAAAGCACUGUGGCAAAUACAUAUGUAUAUCUGUAAACGUUAAUCAGGUGAGCAAUUUCUAUAUUGUUAAUUAUGUGUAAGCAAAGCUCUAUCCAUAUAUGUACGUACUAUGUGUGUACACAGAUGUGUAUUCGGGAGGUUAGUGUUUAAACAAAUAUACUUGUAUUGUGCAUUAUGUAUGGUCGAAUGUAUAUAGCAAACGGAGUUUAAAUGAGAAAUCCAGCAAAAUGUCAAAUAAACUUAUCACUAAAGCCAAAUUAA